CAAACACCGGUACACUAAUCCGCCAGGUGGCGCGUCGGAAUUUCCGUCCCGGAAGUGUUGCUAAUGUAAACAUGUCGCACUACAGCGGUCUGACAGUUGAGAAGUUGAAGACAGAGUUGCGAUGCCGUGGAGCAACUACACGCGGGAAGAAGAUCGAUUUGAUUGAAAGAUUGGAGUCCUAUGACAGAAAUAAUAACUUCUGCCACUCAGAAGAUGACAUUAAGUUACCUGAGCCUAUCCGAUUUGAAUCAUGGCCAGUCACAGGUUUCAAGCAACUGAUGCCACUACACAAAGACAGCUUACCGCCCUUGGCCUCUUCGGAUGUCGAGGCGUAUUUUAGGUACCGGUUAGCUGUAGAUAAUGAAGAGACUGGAGAUUUGAAGGCUAUUGAGAAGGGACAUCAACUUUUGGAAUCCAAUCAUGUCCUGGCUUGCAGUGUUGUCAUUCAUCACCAUGCCUACUUCAGUGGUCUAGUCAGUGCUGCUAUGAAGAAAAAGGUAUCCUACAGUCUUCGCAUCAUAAUAGCAGAAUGUGGUGAAGUGGUUAACACACACUGUGAGUGCCCAGCUGGUAAAGGCCCCCAUGGAACCUGCAAACACCUCGCUUCUGUCCUCCUCAUGUUGUCACAGUUCAAGUCUACAGGUGUGAUUGCUGUGAGGCGAUCCUGCACAGACAAACUGCAGACAUUCCACAGGCCACAAAAGGAAUAUUCAGAUUCACCGAAGAAAGCAGACUCAUUCAAGUGUGGGGCGAAGCGACCAACCAUGUUUGAUGACCCAAGACCGGCAAAAUACAGAAAUAGUGCAUCUUACAGGGACCAUGUGCGAAACAUCACCAUCAACUACUGCUCUUCAGCAUCUAAGGAUAUCACGAUCAGAUACCUGUUUGAAAGAGCCAGUCUGUCAUCUGCAGUAAGAGAUCAUGACUAUUUGGACAAGCCCUUCACAGAAUACUGGGUGGAGAGAGCCUUGAAGAUUACAGAUGACCAGGCUGCAGACUUAGAGUCAAAGACAAGAAAGCAGGCCAAGUGUAGCUUGUGGCAUGAGGAGAGGAGAUGGAGGCUUACCGCAUCUCAGUUUGGGACAAUUUGCAAAUGUACUACAAGGAGAAACAAAACUAAAUUAUGUGAACAAAUUGUCUCUGGAAGAAAACUUGUUUGUAACUCUGUGAGGCAUGGGUUACAGCAGGAACCCAAAGCUAUUGCCAAACUUGAAAUAGCCUGUAAUGUUCAUGUUCAUAGUUGUGGAAUGUUUGUCGACUCUGAACUCCCUUUCCUUGCAGCAACACCAGACGGUGUCAUUGAUUCUAACACCAUUGUUGAGGUUAAAUGUCCUUACAGUGCCAGAAAUGAGGUCAUUGCUCCUGGGAAACUCUUUCCUUAUCUUUGUAAGAGAAAUGGCCUCAUGCAACUGAAAGAAAACAGUAAUUACUACUUUCAAGUGCAGGGUCAGAUGUAUCUAUCAAAGCGAAAAUACUGCUUAUUUGCUGUUUGUACGUUUAAAGACUUCUUUGUUCAGAAAAUAUCACUCAAUGAGGAAUACUGUACAGGAAGUUUGAUUCCCAGACUCUCAUUAUUCUUUGAGUCUUUCCUCAAGCCUUACAUUGCUACUCACUGCAUUUGUUAAGAUUCAUGAACAGACAUCCUUUUGGGGAUUAAUACAUCCAUGUGAAGACUGUGUAUCUAAAAAGUACUAAGAGUCUUUUGAAACUUACUUUUGCCUCACUUUUCAAAAAUUAUUUGAAAGCAGUGACUUUUCACAGUUAAGGAAUAUAAAUUUCUUCUUUUCAACUAUUAAAAUCUGGUGAUGAGAAUGAUACAAAUGAGUACCGCUAGGUAUAUCCCUGAUUGACACCAUGUGUAAAGUACUUACUUCUAUUCUUAGCUGUAGCCUACAGCAGUUUGAUGAAGAUUAUAACAUAAUUGACAAGGCCCAGGCUGUUAUCAUGGUGUAAAUCAUGGUGUAACAUUUAUACUAAGUUAUCCUAUAAUAAUUAGAUCCACAUCAAGU